GCGACCACACACAUGUGACUCGCAGUGGUGUCAUCGUGCAAUAAGUAGGAAAGUUAUGAAAAAUAAGGAAAAAUCGAGUCCGAACGCUAAGGAAAAAGAGAGAUUUGAGCCGCUGGUCGCUGUGCCUGAGGAUGAAAGAGAACACCCGCCGCACUCGCUGCCCCGACUGAGUGUUGUGCUGCCGGCCAGCUCCAGCUCCAGUGCCGAAAGAGUAUAUGUACAGCCGCAGAGGAAAGUGCUCUCUCAUGGCGAUGAAUCUAUGACGGUGGUGUUGUCAGCGUUUUACGCUAAAUUGCUCAUAGUGUUGGGCCUCGCUCUACCAGUUACCAGCACCAUACAAAAUGAACUCUACACUAAUAUUACUUCGGACGUAUUUACACUGUAUCUGUACAUAGUGAGCAUGAUUUUUCUGGCGUACACGUUUUUCCACUUACGAAUAGCAAAACGUGAUGCAGACGAAAAUAUUAAAAGGACGCGCUACGGAAGCUUCUACUUGCACAUGGGCGUCGCGGGUUUCGGUGUGGGGACCAUCAUAUAUUCCUGCCUGCAGUUCAGCGAAUACUUCGACCUCUCCGGAGACUGCCAAUUGAUCAUCGUCGUACUUAAACCGACGUUCCGAAUACUGUUUCUGGUUGCACAAACUAUUUUCAUCUUCUCCUACACCGAUAUCCUGGAUCCAAUGCGAGGAGUAGUGAUAGACAGGUUCGGACUGAUGCAUCUCAUCGCUACGAACGUGUGCGAGUGGCUUAACGUCGUGAUCCAGGAGACGAGAGACGACAUUAUAGCCGUGGCCUACGACAGGCCUGCCUUGCUGAGAUACACCAACAUUACUGGACCGGCCAAAGUCAUCUUCACAGAUGCCCCGAGCAAUACUUCUCUGAACGCUACAGAUCUCUCAGGAGAUAACUCAACGGGAUUCCACGGGGAUUUUUCAGCAACUAUAGUACCGUGGACCUGUAAUGUUUCAAACAUGAUCACCCCCCUAAUUCGCUCCAUGAACCCGUACCUGAGACCGUGCGGCGUCGAAUACAGUCUGCUGUGCUCCAUAAUAAUUGUUGUGAUAUGGAACGAUAUAUGCACCGUGCCGGGAACGAAGUCCAAGAGCCAUCGGUCGAAUAAACCGGAGGAAAGACAGUGCUGCGGCCAGACCAAGUCCAGUAAUCAUUUCUCAAUAGACUGCGGUAGCGCCCACAAAGGCUUGUUUAUGGGUAUUGCCAUGUUGGCGGGAACCAUCGUCAGUCUAAUGUUAUUUAAUGGCCUAUUUCAAAACGAUAAACACGUGGAAAUUGCGCUGCUGCAGAUUAACAUUUGGGAGACGAUAUUGUUCAUCAUGAUGACGCUGGGUUCGGCUGCAUGUAUCCAGCGUAUGCGGGCGCUGACGGUGCGGCAGGCCUCGUGCGGGAUGCCGAUGGAACACGCGCUACUGCUCGUCACGCAGUGCGGCGUCUACCUGUACUACCUGUUUCAAAUCAUCGGCGCCUGCUUCCUCAUACAAACACAUCCGGAAGGGAGACGAAUAACGAGAAUAAUAUCGCCUCUAUGCGCCGUGGUACAAAGUUCGUGUCAGACGUUGCUGGUGUUCGACGCAUGGACCCGGCGGCGCAGCCCCGGUGGCAGGGAGCGCCCGGGCCGGCAGCUAGUCACGUUCCUACUCGUGGGCAAUUUCGCCCUCUGGCUGCUGAAUAGGGUCAAAAAUGCCCGGGCGGAGUUUCAUCCUUCACAGAUGGAGUUCUUUGGCGUUUGGGCCUGGACUCUGAUAACGCAUGUGUCGGUGCCGCUGCUGGUUUGCUACAGAUUCCAAGCAACCGUCUGUUUCUAUGAAAUCUGGAAAAACUCAUACAAAACAAGAAAAGAUGUAUAUGAGUUACACGAAAUUUAAUUAAAAAAUUAUCACGUUGCAUAAA